AGGUGCUCCUUCACGGUGAUCUUGUGGCUGCAUUGGUGUUGAUGGCCCUGGUGAGGGGGCCGUGCAUUGUGGAGGUCUGUAAGCCAUUGCGUGAGAGUCAAGACCAGCGGCUAUCAAAGGAGAUGUUUGUAUGUUGAUAGAAUGUUCAAGAAGCUUUAAAAAAUGCAUUUCCUAAUUAUUUUCCCAAUUUCUCAUUCUUGUCAGGAGCUCCUGUGCCAGUCCUCUGACUUCCAGGCCCCCUCUUCCACCAGUUACUUCCUUUCCUUCAUUCUUUUCACCUCUUCUCUUCUACACAGUUUGGAAACAUGCUUGAGUUUUCACAUCUUUAAAAAAAAAAAAAACACACAAAGUCUCUCCUGGAUUCUGUGCCCUACUGUAGGUUGUCUCUGCUCUCUCUCCCCCGUCAUAGUGGAGCUUUUUAGAGGAAGUAUCCGUGCUUACCACCUCUGUUCAACACUUCUCAGCCACACUCCUUGCCCUGCACGUCGUGCCCCCCAUUCUGUGUGACAAAGGCCACCCUCCCUUCUGUGGAGCUCUGAGCUCUUAUCUUACUUAACCUCUCCCAGGAUUGGACAGUCUUACCCACUUCCUUUUGAAAGCGCUUCCUUCCUGUGACUCUCUGGUUCCCCUAAUCUCUGCCUUGCCCAUCUGCAUGCUUCUCCCCCGUUACACCUGGUGCUUCUCAAGGUCUCGUCCUCUGGACCAUGGCCCAUCCACUCGAGUGGUUUCGCCAUCACUUUCCAGCUGAGGACCGGCUCUGUUAGCUGAUUGCUGCCAGCCACUUGCUCCCAGCUGCCAUUUCUCCAUCCACCCAGUCACCCAAGCCUGGAACCUGGCUCACCUUACACUGUCCCCUUUCUCUCUCACCCCUUUUUCCAAGCCAGUCAGCACUCUCUAUAGAUUGUAUCUCUUUUAACAUUUCUGACCUCCUUCCCCCUCUUGUCUCUGUGGCCCUGGCCUUAGUUCAGGCCUCUACAAUUUUUUGCCUGUACUAUUGCUGUGCCUCUUAACCUUUGCUCUUAAUAGAGCCCUCUCUCUGUGCUUCUAUCAGAGAGUCGUCUUUCUGGAAUGCAAAUCUGAUCAAACCCCCGAUUUGAACUCUUGAAAAGUCUCCUCAAUUGCCCCAGAGAUAACCCUUAAACCCUCCAGCAGCAUACGGUGCCCUUUGUAAUUGGCCUGCUGCCUACCUCUCCAACUUGCUGGCUACAUGGAACUCCUUACAUUUCUCCAGUAGGCCUCUCUGCCUGAAGCCGCCACGCCUGUUCCAUCUGCCCUGCAAUAGCUGGCAAGUCUCCAGUCUUUUGUUAAAGGCAUGACUGAAGCAUUACUGCCAGCCUGGGAGGAUGUCUGGGCUAGCCCUAGUAAUACUUUGACUUAGGUGUAGACUGGGCCCAGGUUGCCUUUAUAUUCUCAGAGCUUAGUCAACUCCCUAGCACAGGGCUAUGUUCUCAUAUCUUGUAUGGAUAGUGGUUUUUCAUGUCCUAUUACAUGGGCAUCCUUUUUUUUUUUUUCCUUAAACUUUGUAGUCAAUCUAGGUUGUGGUGGUGAUGAGUCUUACCGUAUUAACAACUUUGUCCCUGGUUUAGUGGUUUAAAAUGGCAACGUGUGGGUCUGUCUUGUACCAUCCACACAGUGCUGUGGAAGGUGUUUCAUUGCCAAGCUUGGUGAAUUACAUAGGUUGUACACGUUUGGCCUACCCUUUGGCUCAUGUUCACGUCUAUCAAAAUUCGUUGAAGAAGCCAGCCCUUUCGUUUUAAAGUAGGAUGUCUGUUUCAGAGUGCUAACUAGAACAGUCUGGUAGGAGAACAUUCUGUGGGAUUCCGGAAGAGCCUGAGUCUGUCUCUAGAGGUUAUGAGUCAGUUUUCUCCUUGCUCUCAUAAUUGGCCUCAUGCAGGAAGUGCACCCUGGAGUAUUCUUGAGCUCCGCACGACUGAGUUAGGGCAUGUUCCCACACUUGGAUCCCAGACCUGAAAGGUUUUCUAGCAAGUGGGAUUUUUCACUUCUUCCCAAGCCAUUAUGAUAAGAAUAAUGUAGUGAUGUACAGCAUGGUGCCAGGAGUCGGAGUCUCUGGAACUGAACUGCCAGCCUUUUUUCUGACAAUCUGUGGGACUUCUUCCCAAAGAGAUUUCGCCCAAUUAUUGUGUGUUCAACAACCACAAAGAAUUUUGAGGGGCAAAAGUCAGCGCUAUAGGUUGGAUAUAAUUGGGGGGAAAAAAAAAAAGGAGCUUGCAGAGGACUGGAGCUUUCCUGUGUGUUGAUCAGGAAGUCUUGGCCAUAAUGCAAUGGCCUUGAUGGGAACUGAGGAGCCACCCCAAGUUAUGAGGGUGAAUGGGUGGGUGUUUUCAUCUUUUGGAUAUCUGUAGGCACAGGAAACCUAAGGUCUUGUUGCUUUUUUAAAAUUAUCUGUGUGGGUGCUGGGUCCGUGUACUUUCUAAACCUCAGUCUGAGAAGUUUUGGCCCGUUUCUGCUUCAUGUUAGACCCGGUGCAGCUCUUCAGCCCCCAUGUUGACCGAGGACGUUUCCAAGUUCCCUCUUGUCGCACACAGUUGACCCGCAAAGCAAUCAGCAACAGAUUUCUUGUUCUUGGGACAGGGAGGAAGUUAAUUAACAGAAGUUGCCCUGUUAGGACAAGAUGGUUCACCAGUAAAGUAAAGGAAGGUCUCGAGCGGAGCCUUUGGUGCCUGCCCUGAGUCAGGUAUGGACAGUGGAGCCUUGGGGUCUGCAGGCUGUUAGAAUCAGUGCCUCUCUUUUGGAGGGCGUGUCUUACUUAUUAGCACAUGCUGCCCCUCUGGCUUAGGGGAACACAGGUCUGUUCUCUGACACUUCCAUCCUAAAAGCCACAGCCAGACAGUUCCUUUUCUGCUUUUUCUUUAAACAGGAACUAGAAAAAGAUUUCCUCCCUGAGCUGGCCGUGGCUUAUGACAUACUAGCAUUUAUUCUGCCAAAUAGGGGAGUUGGUGACUUUGUCUGGAGACGUUUAUGAGAUGAGCUCUUUGACUUCUCCCAGGGACCUCCCUCCGUCUUUCAUCUCUUAAAUGCUCUGGUUUGCCUGUAAGUCCUGAUUUACGCCUGCUGUCUUGCAGUUAGUACUAACACUGCCCUCUCUCCCUUUCAGAAGCGCUCCCGUUUAGAUGAUGAAUUAUAUGGUUACUUUACCUGUUUGUCGGACGAAGCCAGGGUUUGGGGCUGGAUAUCCAUUCUCUGUUUUUUUUUUGGGGGGGGUGGGGAGUUUGUCCCGAGCAUUAUGGGAUGCUUCACAGCAUCUGGGCCUCUACGCACUCGAUGCCAGCAGCACCCUCCCUCUGCAGUUGUGACAACCAAAAAGGCCCCUAGACAUUGUUACCAAAUGUUCCCUGGGGGGGCAAAAUUGUCCCCACUGCAGAACCACUGGACUAAGCAUUGCAGAUUGGUUUUAUUCUGGGCGUCAGCUCCCAUCAGUAGUGCCUUGCCUAACCCUGUGUUGACAAAGGAUCUGAGACUCAGUGCCGAGGAAUGCUGGGAUAGAUUAGUGCUGUCUGCCGUGGGCACAGGUUGGGGCAUGGCAGCAUAUGGUAGCCUGGAUUAGGCCACGGAGGUAGGAGAUUGGAAAGUGCCUGAAUACUGAGAGGUUGAGUACAUUGCUCUGGCACCGGAGGCGACGGCAAUCCAGGUGGAGAGACAGACAUGUUUGUACACAGGGAUCUGUGGCCAAAGCUGUCUAACAGGACGAGUUGCCACCUCCACCUGGUGCCAGUGUGACUGCGGCAGGUGUCGGCUGUCUUGGGAAUUCAGAGGAAGGUGUGGCCGCCGAGGCCUAGGGUGGUCGGAAUGGCACCCUGGAGGUCGGCUCCUGUGGAAAGGCUGGCAGACCGAGAGGACCAGUCCAUUCUGUGCACGGGCGAGUCUGGAGCUGGCAAGACGGAGAACACCAAGAAAGUCAUUCAGUACCUGGCUCACGUGGCAUCUUCCCACAAGAGCAAGAAGGACCAGGGCGAGCUGGAGCGACAGCUGCUGCAGGCCAACCCCAUCCUGGAGGCCUUCGGGAACGCCAAGACCGUCAAGAACGACAACUCCUCUCGAUUUGGCAAGUUCAUUCGCAUCAACUUUGAUGUCAAUGGCUACAUUGUGGGAGCCAACAUUGAGACUUACCUCCUGGAGAAAUCUCGUGCCAUCCGCCAAGCCAAGGAAGAGCGGACCUUCCACAUCUUCUACUACCUGCUGUCUGGGGCUGGGGAGCAUCUCAAGACUGAUCUCCUGCUGGAGCCGUACAGCAAAUACCGCUUCCUGUCCAACGGGCACGUCACCAUCCCCGGGCAGCAGGACAAGGACAUGUUCCAGGAGACCAUGGAGGCCAUGCGGAUUAUGGGCAUCCCAGAGGAGGAGCAGAUGGGCUUGCUGCGGGUCAUCUCGGGGGUCCUCCAGCUCGGCAACAUCGUCUUCAAGAAGGAGCGUAACACCGACCAGGCAUCCAUGCCCGACAACACAGCUGCCCAAAAAGUGUCCCACCUGUUGGGUAUCAACGUGACCGAUUUCACCAGAGGAAUCCUCACCCCUCGCAUCAAGGUGGGACGGGAUUACGUCCAGAAGGCUCAGACGAAGGAGCAGGCUGACUUUGCCAUUGAGGCCUUGGCCAAGGCCACCUACGAGCGCAUGUUCCGCUGGCUGGUCCUGCGCAUCAACAAGGCUCUGGACAAGACCAAGAGGCAGGGCGCCUCGUUCAUCGGGAUCCUGGACAUCGCCGGCUUCGAGAUCUUCGAUCUGAACUCCUUCGAGCAGCUGUGCAUCAACUACACCAACGAGAAGCUGCAGCAGCUCUUCAACCACACCAUGUUCAUCCUGGAGCAGGAGGAGUACCAGCGCGAGGGCAUCGAGUGGAACUUCAUCGACUUCGGCCUCGACCUGCAGCCCUGCAUCGACCUCAUCGAGAAGCCAGCAGGCCCCCCAGGCAUCCUGGCCCUGCUGGACGAGGAGUGCUGGUUCCCCAAAGCCACGGACAAGAGUUUCGUGGAGAAGGUGGUGCAGGAGCAGGGCACCCACCCCAAGUUCCAGAAGCCCAAGCAGCUGAAGGACAAAGCUGAUUUCUGCAUCAUCCACUACGCUGGCAAGGUGGAUUACAAAGCUGACGAGUGGCUGAUGAAGAAUAUGGACCCGCUGAACGACAACAUCGCCACGCUGCUGCACCAGUCCUCCGACAAGUUCGUCUCGGAGCUGUGGAAGGAUGUGGACCGCAUCAUCGGCCUGGACCAGGUGGCCGGCAUGUCGGAGACGGCGCUGCCAGGGGCCUUCAAGACACGCAAGGGCAUGUUCCGCACGGUGGGACAGCUGUACAAGGAGCAGCUGGUCAAGCUCAUGGCCACGCUGAGGAACACCAACCCCAACUUCGUCCGCUGCAUCAUCCCCAACCACGAGAAGAAGGCUGGCAAGCUGGACCCCCAUCUGGUGCUGGACCAGCUGCGCUGCAACGGGGUCCUCGAGGGCAUCCGAAUCUGCCGCCAGGGCUUCCCCAACCGCGUGGUCUUCCAGGAGUUCCGGCAGAGAUACGAGAUCCUGACACCAAAUUCCAUUCCUAAGGGCUUCAUGGAUGGGAAGCAGGCGUGUGUGCUCAUGAUCAAAGCCCUGGAGCUCGACAGCAACCUGUACCGCAUCGGCCAGAGCAAGGUCUUCUUCCGGGCCGGCGUGCUGGCUCACCUGGAGGAGGAACGGGACCUGAAGAUCACGGACGUCAUCAUCGGCUUCCAGGCCUGCUGCAGGGGCUACCUGGCCAGAAAGGCCUUCGCCAAGAGGCAGCAGCAGCUGACGGCCAUGAAAGUCCUGCAGAGGAACUGUGCCGCCUACCUCAAGCUGCGCAACUGGCAGUGGUGGCGGCUCUUCACCAAGGUCAAGCCGCUGCUGCAGGUGAGCCGGCAGGAGGAGGAGAUGAUGGCCAAGGAGGAGGAGCUGGUGAAGGUGCGGGAGAAGCAGCUGGCCGCUGAGAGCAGGCUCUCAGAGAUGGAGACCCUCCAGUCCCAGCUCAUGGCUGAGAAGUUGCAGCUGCAGGAGCAGCUCCAGGCAGAAACGGAACUGUGCGCCGAGGCCGAGGAGCUCCGGGCCCGCCUGACCGCCAAGAAGCAGGAGCUCGAAGAGAUCUGCCAUGACCUGGAGGCCAGGGUGGAGGAGGAGGAAGACCGCUGCCAGCACCUGCAGGCUGAGAAGAGGAAGAUGCAGCAGAACAUCCAGGAACUGGAGGAACAGCUGGAGGAAGAGGAGAGCGCCCGGCAGAAGCUUCAGCUGGAGAAGGUGACCACUGAGGCCAAGCUGAAGAAGCUGGAGGAGGGCCAGAUCAUCCUGGAGGACCAGAACUGCAAGCUGGCCAAGGAGAAGAAGCUGCUGGAAGACAGAAUAGCCGAGUUCACCACCAACCUCACGGAAGAGGAGGAGAAAUCUAAGAGCCUGGCCAAGCUCAAGAACAAGCACGAGGCGAUGAUCACCGACCUGGAGGAGCGCCUGCGAAGAGAGGAGAAGCAGCGUCAGGAGCUGGAGAAGACCCGCCGGAAGCUAGAAGGAGACUCCACGGACCUCAGUGACCAGAUCGCCGAGCUGCAGGCUCAGAUUGCUGAGCUCAAGAUGCAGCUGGCCAAGAAAGAGGAGGAGCUCCAGGCUGCCCUGGCCAGAGUGGAAGAAGAAGCCGCCCAGAAGAACAUGGCCCUAAAGAAGAUCCGGGAGCUGGAAUCUCAGAUUUCCGAACUCCAAGAAGACCUGGAGUCUGAGCGUGCUGCUAGGAAUAAAGCUGAGAAGCAGAAACGGGACCUCGGGGAGGAGCUGGAGGCUCUAAAAACAGAGCUGGAGGACACUCUGGACUCCACGGCUGCCCAGCAGGAGCUCAGGUCCAAACGUGAACAGGAAGUGAACAUCCUGAAGAAGACCCUCGAGGAGGAGGCAAAGACCCACGAGGCCCAGAUCCAGGAGAUGAGACAGAAGCACUCGCAGGCCGUGGAGGAGCUGGCAGAGCAGCUGGAGCAGACGAAGCGGGUGAAAGCCAACCUCGAGAAGGCCAAGCAGACCCUGGAGAAUGAGCGAGGGGAGCUGGCCAACGAGGUGAAGGUGCUACUUCAGGGCAAGGGGGACUCCGAGCACAAGCGCAAGAAGGUGGAGGCCCAGCUUCAGGAGCUGCAGGUCAAGUUCACCGAGGGGGAGCGCGUGCGCACGGAGCUGGCCGACAAGGUCUCCAAGCUGCAGGUCGAGCUGGACAAUGUGACGGGUCUUCUCACCCAGUCGGACAGCAAGUCCAGCAAGCUCACCAAGGACUUCUCCACUCUGGAGUCACAGCUGCAGGACACGCAGGAGCUCCUGCAGGAGGAGAACCGGCAGAAGCUGAGUCUGAGCACCAAGCUGAAGCAGGUGGAGGACGAGAAGAACUCCUUAAAGGAGCAGCUGGAGGAGGAGGAGGAGGCCAAGCGGAACCUCGAGAAGCAGAUCGCCACCCUCCAUGCCCAGGUCACCGACAUGAGGAAGAAGGUGGAGGACGGCGUGGGGUGCCUGGAGACGGCCGAGGAGGCCAAGAGGAAGCUCCAGAAGGACCUGGAGGGGCUGAGCCAGCGCUACGAGGAGAAGGUGGCCGCUUACGACAAGCUGGAGAAGACGAAGACGCGGCUGCAGCAGGAGCUGGACGACCUGCUCGUGGACCUGGACCACCAGCGGCAGAGCGUCUCCAACCUGGAGAAGAAGCAGAAGAAGUUCGACCAGCUCCUGGCCGAGGAGAAGACCAUCUCCGCCAAGUACGCAGAGGAGCGCGACCGGGCAGAGGCCGAGGCCCGGGAGAAGGAGACCAAGGCGCUGUCUCUGGCCCGGGCUCUGGAGGAGGCCGUGGAGCAGAAGGCGGAGCUGGAGCGGCUCAACAAGCAAUUCCGUGCGGAGAUGGAGGACCUCAUGAGCUCCAAGGACGACGUCGGCAAGAGCGUCCACGAGCUGGAGAAGUCCAAGCGGGCCCUGGAGCAGCAGGUGGAAGAGAUGAAGACCCAGCUCGAGGAGCUGGAGGACGAGCUGCAGGCCACCGAGGACGCCAAGCUGCGGCUGGAGGUGAACCUGCAGGCCAUGAAGGCCCAGUUCGAGCGGGACCUGCAGGGCCGCGACGAGCAGAGCGAGGAGAAGAAGAAGCAGCUGGUCAGACAGGUGCGGGAGAUGGAAACUGAGCUGGAGGAUGAGAGGAAGCAGCGCUCGAUGGCCGUAGCUGCUCGGAAGAAGCUGGAGAUGGACCUGAAGGACCUGGAGGCCCACAUCGACUCGGCCAACAAGAACCGGGACGAAGCCAUCAAACAGCUGCGGAAGCUGCAGGCCCAGAUGAAGGACUGCGUGCGGGAGCUGGAGGACACGCGCGCCUCCCGCGAGGAGAUCCUGGCGCAGGCCAAGGAGAACGAGAAGAAGCUGAAGAGCAUGGAGGCCGAGAUGAUCCAGCUGCAGGAGGACCUGGCAGCUGCCGAGCGCGCCAAGCGCCAGGCCCAGCAGGAGCGGGACGAGCUGGCCGACGAGAUGGCCAACAGCAGCGGCAAAGGUGCUCUGGCGCUGGAGGAGAAGCGGCGCCUGGAGGCCCGCAUCGCACAGCUGGAGGAGGAGCUGGAGGAGGAGCAGGGCAACACGGAGCUGGUGAAUGACAGGCUGAAGAAGGCCAACCUGCAGAUCGACCAGAUCAACACCGACCUGAACCUGGAGCGCAGUCACGCCCAGAAGAACGAGAACGCGCGGCAGCAGCUGGAGCGCCAGAACAAGGAGCUCAAGGUCAAGCUGCAGGAGAUGGAGGGCACUGUCAAGUCCAAGUACAAGGCCUCCAUCACCGCCCUCGAGGCCAAGAUCGCACAGCUGGAGGAGCAGCUGGACAACGAGACCAAGGAGCGCCAGGCGGCUUCCAAGCAGGUGCGUCGGGCCGAGAAGAAGCUGAAGGAUGUGUUGCUGCAGGUGGAUGAUGAGCGGAGAAGCGCCGAGCAGUACAAGGACCAGGCGGACAAGGCGUCUACCCGCCUGAAGCAGCUCAAGCGGCAGCUGGAGGAGGCCGAGGAAGAGGCCCAGCGGGCUAAUGCCUCCCGCCGGAAACUGCAGCGUGAGCUGGAGGAUGCCACGGAGACUGCGGAUGCCAUGAACCGCGAGGUCAGCUCCCUCAAGAACAAGCUCAGGCGUGGGGACCUGCCGUUUGUCGUGCCCCGCCGAAUGGCCCGGAAAGGUGCCGGCGACUGCUCGGACGAGGAGGUGGACGGCAAAGCCGACGCGGCUGAGGCCAAAGCUGCCGAGUAA